UCGGGGAUAAACUCGGUCUCUUGGCCACUGGACAAGUUCUUCUGCCAUAAUCAUAUCAACAGUAGGGCAAGAAAGAUCCUGCAAUCCAAUCGCAAAAGGAGGAAGAGGGGCAUCCUAUUCACCUCUUUUGGCACAACUCCAAGAUAAGAAAGAGGAAAGGACAAAUCACGAUGUCUUCUUCACAAUAACAUGUAUGGUUACUGAAUUGAUCAACGGGGGCAGAAAAAGAGAAACAGAGCAAUAGAAAGAGCUUCGACCAAUAAAGCAUCCAAUUCAAGGCGGAGGAUUGCUUGAUUUCGAUCAAUUUGGUAUUUGCUAAAACAAGCAGAGUAGAGAGGGUGGGCUCAGAAUCAGGUGGCUCGGAGCGAUGGGAGGCAACAGCAAUUAUGAUGCUUCGGACAUGGCGCCGGGCGGCGGCGGCGGAGGCAGCGGCAGCAGAAGCGCCGCGAAGCUGCUGCAGAUGCUAAACGUGCGGGUGGUGGGCAGCGGCGAGCGGGUGGUGGUGCUGUCGCACGGCUUCGGCACGGACCAGUCGGUUUGGAACCGCAUCCUCCCUUUUCUCGACCGCGACUACCGCCUCGUCCUCUAUGACCUCGUUUGCGCCGGCAGCGUCGACCCUGACCACUUCGACUUCCGACGCUACACCACCCUGGACUCCUACGUCGACGACCUCCUUGCCGUCCUCCACGCCCUCCACGUCGACCGGUGCUUCUUCGUCGGCCACUCUGUCUCCGCCAUGAUCGGCAUCCUCGCUGCCAUCCGCAGCCCUGACCUCUUUCUCAAGCUCAUCCUCAUCGGCGGCUCCCCUAGGUUUUUGAACGACGGUGACUACCACGGGGGGUUCGAUAGAGCGCAGAUCGAGGAGGUGUUCUUGGCGAUGGAGUCCAACUACAAGGCGUGGGUGCAGGGGUUCGCGCCGCUGGCGGUGGGUGCGGACGUGCCUGCGGCAGUGCAGGAGUUCAGCCGGACGCUGUUCAACAUGCGGCCGGACAUCUCGCUCUUCGUGUGUAGGACGGUGUUCAACAGCGACCUGCGCGGCGUGCUCGGCCUAGUCCGCACUCCUUGCGUCGUCGUGCAGACCACCAAGGACGUCUCCGUCCCCCUCUCAGUCGCCUCCUACCUCAAGCACCAUCUCGGCGGCCGCACCACCGUGGAGCUCCUCCCCGUCGAAGGCCACCUCCCCCACCUCAGCGCCCCCGCCGUCAUCGUCCAGGUUCUUCGCAGUGCCUUGGCUUCCCCUCCUCGGUAGCAGACGGCCGCCGCAUCACCUGCCGCCGAGUCGCAUCCGAUGAUUUGACACCCUGAAAAUGAAAGCAUUUUCACUGUUGGAGAUAUUUGCGCACUGAAUUUAAAAUUAUACAAAAAUUAAAUUGAGAUUUAUCUCUGUCAACUGGCUGGAUGCCCGAGUGCCGAGGCAGUUGAUUGUGGGCUCGAGUAGUCGAGUGUUGGGGGUGCUCAAGUCUGAGUGCCGAAAGUUCGAGUACGAAGCGCCGAGUGCUCCAUUCAAGAGUCGAGCAUCUCGAGCGUUGAAAUUUCGAGGGACAAGUUCAGGUGUCGAGUGUCUAAACAUUCAACUGCUGCGGUGAUUAGUCACCCAAUUAUCGACACGGAUUUUGAGUAGGAGUCAUUCAACUGUCGAAUCUGAGUGCGAGAGUCUGCCCAGUGCCCAGAGUGCCGU